GAACAGAGUUUAACUUUAAGUAUCCUUGAAAUGCACAGGUGUAAUCCGUAAGUGGAGCACUCAAAAGUGCCCUUUUAGGGUGUCGCAUAAUUGCUUAUCGUAUUUUAUUUAUUUCUUUAUUAGUUCGUUGCAUACCGGUGUGUGCAAAGGUGAAUUGUCAGAAAAUGUGAAAACUAAAGCACAACUUCCUCCAAGCUGCACUUCAAUACACUAAUGCACUUUCACGUGUCAAUUUAAUGUGUGUCGUCAUGGCAGGGAUUUAUGAAUCAUCUUAUCUUGUUUAAAUUGGCGCAGCCUUACACAUGACGUGUCAAGGAUUUGGCAUUGAAGGAGCUGCAUAAAUGCGCGGCCCGGCAGCAACAGAGGGCCUUCCUGCAGAGCUCCUCUCUGCUCGGGUCCCUCUGCUGUGGAUAUGACGUGGUUUCUGUGUCUGUGUGCGUUGUUCGCCGUGCUGCUGGCUCUGUUGGUGCUGCAGUUGAACCUCAGGGUGCUGGCGCACGGCCCCCGGGGGCCCCCCCGCCUCCCGGCACUGCCGCUCAUCGGCAGCCUGCUGAGUUUGCGGAGCCCGCACGCUCCUCAUGUGCUCUUCAAAGAGCUGCAGGAGAAAUACGGGCCGACGUACUCGCUGAUGAUGGGCUCCCACUGCGUCGUCGUAGUCAACCAGCACGUGCACGCCAAACAAGUCCUGCUGAGGAGGGGAAAGAUAUUUGCAGGAAGACCAAGAACUGUUACCACAGAUGUUCUGACCAGAGAUGGGAAAGACAUCGCAUUUGGAGAUUACAGUGCCACGUGGAAGUUCCACAGGAAGAUCGUCCACGGAGCUCUGUGCAUGUUUGGAGAGGGCUCUUCCUCCAUUGAGAAGAUCAUCUGCACACAGGCCCAGUCUCUGUGCAGCGUCAUGUCUGAGGCGGCGGCCCUGGACCUGUCCCCUGAGCUGACUCGGGCCGUCACCAACGUCAUCUGUUCGCUCUGCUUCAACUCGUCGUACCGCCGGGGGGACCCCGAGUUCGAGGCCAUGCUGCACUACAGCCAGGGCAUCGUGGACACGGUGGCAAAGGACAGCCUGGUGGACAUCUUCCCCUGGUUACAGAUUUUUCCUAAUGCAGACCUGCAGCUCCUAAAGCAGUGUGUUGCCAUCCGAGACCAACUUCUACAGAAGAAAUAUGAUGAACACAAGGCCGAGUACAGUGACCACGUGCAGAGGGACCUGCUGGACGCCCUGCUGAGGGCCAAGCGCAGCGCUGACAACAACAACACGGCAGAGAUCGCCCCCGAGGCGGUGGGCCUCAGCGACGACCACCUCCUCAUGACCGUGGGGGACAUCUUUGGCGCCGGAGUGGAGACCACCACCACCGUGCUCAAGUGGGCCGUCGCCUACCUCAUCCACCACCCGCAGGUACAGAGUCGUAUCCAGGAGGAACUGGACAGCAAGGUUGGGGGGCACAGGUGCCCUCAGCUCAGUGACAGAGGCAGUCUGCCCUACCUAGAGGCGACCAUUAGGGAGGUGUUACGGAUCCGCCCUGUGGCCCCUCUGCUCAUCCCCCACGUGGCCCUCAGUGACACUAGCCUCGGGGAUUUCGCAGUGAAGAAAGGAACGCGAGUGAUCAUCAACCUGUGGUCCCUACACCACGAUGAGAAGGAAUGGAAAAACCCAGAGCUCUUUGACCCUGGUCGGUUCUUGGACAGUGAAGGCACGGGUCUGGUCAUCCCGUCAUCCAGCUACCUGCCAUUUGGUGCCGGGGUGAGGGUGUGUCUGGGUGAGGCCUUGGCCAAGAUGGAGCUCUUCCUCUUCCUGUCGUGGAUCCUACAGCGCUUCACCCUCUCUGUCCCACCGGACCAAUCCCUGCCCAGUCUGGAAGGAAAGUUCGGUGUGGUUCUCCAGCCAGCCCGGUACAAGGUGAACGCCAUGCCCAGAACGGGCUGGGAGAAGAACAGGGGCAAGCCAUGCUGAGACAUGCCUCCUGGCUACAGUGCCUCUCAUUUGUGAUGUGAGAUGGUCAAGCUUGAAGCAGUGAGCUGGACAUGACAUCUCUUUGUCUGCAUGACAUUUAUUAUUAUAUUUUAUCAAUGUAACACAAUCCCAACGAACACUUAUAAAUACUUCUCUCUACUGACCAGCAGGUAGCAACUCCUCUUGUUGCACAGAAGGCUACGGCUUGAAUUGGAAGAGUCCUUUUUGUUUAGGAAGGUUCCCCAAACCCAGACGUCUGUUAGUGUUUGAGCUUGAAUGAUCUUAUGCUAAGGAAAGGAGCUUCAAUGCCUCCUUACUUCGCUCUUUUAGCAUAGGAACCAAUGGACCUAGCUCUACAAAAGGAAAAGAAGGAGUUGAGCUGCUGCUCCUUCGCGUUGAAUGGAGCCCGUUGAGGUGGUUUGACCCAGGACCAGGUGCAGGGUUUAUAUCUCUGCAGUGGCCCGGGAGCGCCUUGGAUCCCCCAGUCAGAGCUGCUCUAUGUGGGGCGGAAAGGGAAGUUUGGGGUCCCCUGCUGGAGCUGUUGCAAUCUGGAAUUUGGAUUUGAAGCAGAAUAAAAAGAAUAAACUAAUGUAAGAAGACUCAUUCCUUUUUAAAACAGGAUUGCAUUUGUAAUGUUAUUAUUAUAAUGUAGGAGUAAUGAAUAGUAUAAAUAAUGACCCAGAAGUGACUUCUGUUUCCCUCCUCUCAUGUCAUCUAUGGUGAAGUACGAAGCUUUUAAGUGUUAAAGGUACAUAGUCGUCCUUCACAGCCUCUUUGAGGAGAAAAUAUAGUUUGUAUAGUUUGUAGCAUUCACGCUGAGGUGUUUCUUUGUGAAGAUUAGCUUCUGCCACAGAGCUUGUUUUCAAUAUGUCAAACUAUUGAAAGAGCACAUGUCAAUCAUCUUGGCUCCUUGAACUAGGCGUCCUGCCCUCGAAGUGUGUGAUAGCAGAGAAUACUAACUUCAACCUGCCUAAGCCCUAAAUGUUUUUAAAUCUCACAAAAGCUUUUAAAAUUGACAAUGAAAAGCCAAUGUAUUGUUCAUUUCACAUUCUAGUCUUCUAAAUACAUUCGAAAGUAAAAUAAAUAAAAUAAAUGGUAAACGUCUUGAUGUUCAUUUAUGUUUUUAUAAACAUAUUUCAGUGUGUGGUGUAAUUGUGUUUCACUUUGAUGAGUGAGGGUGUGUUUCCAUUCACACACCUGUGUA